CACUCGCCUUAGAACAACAGACACGUCAAGUGCACGCGUGCCCUCAUAAUAUACUAUUGAAUACACAUAGCUGCUGUUCCUUCCUCUCUGACUCCGCUCCUUACACGCGCCAUAACCACGUGAGAAACACAAUCGUGUCCGGCCCCGCUCUGAAUCACCUCCAGCUCCCCCACGUCGGCGGCUGUGAGGUACUCUUGAUACCAACCAACCUCGUUCACGCGACCACUACAGUCAGCGGCUGAACCCUACUUGCUGCCUGCCCAUAACCGAACGCAGCCCUUCCCCCUCCUCCCCACAUCCUCAACCUUCGAUCGAACAUCCCUUCCGCUAUGGCGUCUAAUAGAGCGAGGCGCAUCGCCAAAGAGAUUGCUGACAUCCAAAACGACAAGCUCUCCCAGAUUGUAGUAGAGCCCGCAGGGAACGGCGACGACCUCACACAUCUUCGCGGCCAGUUCUUCGGGCCACCCGAUACGCCGUACGAGGGCGCCACAUAUCAUGUCGAUAUCAAGAUUCCCAGCGAGUACCCGUUUCGACCGCCGAACAUGAAGUUCGAGACCAAAAUCUGGCACCCCAAUGUCAGCUCUCAAACAGGUGCCAUUUGCUUGGACACACUAUCGUCGCAAUGGUCGCCGGUCCUAACGAUCAAGUCCGCCCUCAUCUCCCUCCAGUCUCUCCUCUCCACGCCUGAGCCCAAGGACCCACAAGACGCAGAGGUGGCCAGUAUGUUGAUUCGCAACCCCGCCGAGUUCGAACACAAGGCUCGCGAGUGGGCAGUCAAGUACGCCGGCGCACCCAAGAAGGAGAUUGCUGAAGGCAGUGGUGGUGCUACAGCAGAGUCCAUCACCAAGAAGCGUCAGGAAGCCAAGCAGAACGAAGAGAAGGUCAAGAUGGCAGCAUACCACGGCUACAACAAGGACCUCGUCGAUCGCUUCGUCGCAAUGGGCUUUGAUGUCGAGGCCGUUGUAGGCGCAUUCGAGUAUGUCGGUAUCGACAAGAUGGGUGGUGAAGACUAUGAAUUGGAAGAAGCAUACAUGGGCGACAUCACCGCACGGCUGUUCGGCGAGGCAUAAGAUACAACGGCAAGGAGGUGGGAGAUCCCAGUGUAGCGGGAAGAGUUGAAUUCACAUGGCGUUUGUCAUUCAUUCUAUACAACAUCAUUGGCGACGGC